AUGACUUGGAGUUUUGGUGAACCUUUAUAUUUUAACACCACAGGAGCCAGCCACAUGGCCAAAUGUGUCAGCUGCCAGUAUGGCUCUGAGAGGUUCCUCUGCGAAUCUGUUUUUAGCUAUCAAGUGGCAUCCACACUUAAACAGGUGAAACAUGAUCAGCAAGUUGCUCGGAUGGAAAAACUAGCUGGUUUAGUAGAAGAGCUGGAGGCUGACGAGUGGCGGUUUAAGCCCAUCGAGCAGCUGCUGGGAUUCACCCCUUCUUCAGGUUGAUGCUGCCUGGAUGGUCACCUGUGGUGCACAGCUAGUUCAGAGCCAGUGGGGGACUUUCUCACAGCAUACACAGCCAUCCAGAGAGGUCCACAGCUACGCUGCCGAAUUGUUAAUGCACAUUUGUACUUGGUUUCUCUGUAUCUAUUCAUAGGCAACAAAUACUUAUAUGUGUGAUCUUUCAGGGAAUGUUUUUGUUUAUUUGUUUUUAAAAGUAUUGGGAAUCAGAUUAAGACAAUCGGUUUCAGAGAACCAGAAGGUUUGGGGUUAAGAGAUAUCUAUAAAAUUUACACAAGCCAGGUAAGGUACAUAAUCAGAUUUAGCCAACUGAAUGACAUCUGUCCUGUCAUCCAUACAGCGCCUGGAAAUAUUCACCAGUCAAGGUCAAGGUCAGCCUCUGUGGUUAAAAAUAGAACAGUUUGACCUAAAAAAGUUAUUUUGCAGAUGAAUGUGAUUUCAACUCAGGACUAUCCAAAUGGGGAAUUUUCAAAUACUCAUUUUUUUCCCUUUUUUUAGACAUCAAUUCUAGAGAUUCUGACUUUUUCUACCUUCUUCUAGACAUGCCAAAUGCUGGCAAAAAGAAUUGUUUUUUGGAUAUGGCAGCACUUGUAAAAAUAAAGCAGUAAGCAAAAUCCUUUUAAACACGGAAACCCUGAGUUCAUCUCAUUGGUGGACUCAAGCAGGUCUGUAGCAAAUAAAUCCUUUGAAAGAGCUCCAAA